AAAUGAAAAUGCAUACAUAAAAUAGACGCUGACACAACCUCCAUCCCAGAGACACCGCCACCACAUCAUGUCUACCGUUCUCCCAUUUUCCCAGGCUAAUAAGAAGCUUGUAUGUUCCAUGUACAGGAGAUCCUGUAAGUUGGCCAGAAACUGGAUCACCAGACCAGACCACCUCAGAGCUGAGCAGAUGCAAAUCAGAAAGCAGUUCGAUAUGAACAAGAAUAUCAGCGACAUCGCUGAGUUGCAGAUGGUUCUCCAGAAGACCGAGGCCUUAAUCUAUGAGUUUAGACACCCAGAUCCGGUAACCCCACCAGCCAGACCAGGUGGUACUAAGUACCAGAGAUACAUUGCGCCAUCUUACGAGACUCCGUUCCCAGUCGACAACAUCUAAGCAGCUCCCUGUUAGCUGUUUCCACAUUAUUUAUCUCUUUGCCUGUCACAGGUUCGCAUACUAUGGCAUCUCUGGUGCCCCGAAGUUAUCUUCGCCCAAGGUGUGAGCUCCAUCAUAUCCUUUUUUCUCUGGCGUGUAUAAUGGUUAUACAUGUCCCAUUUAUUCUUUCAUCUGUUAC